AUGGCUCCCUGGCCGAGUCGUCGUGGGUCGCAACCCAACAACAACUCCAACUCCAACGGUGACCUCAUCAGUCGGAUUCACAAUACGGCCUUACACACGCCUACCACAUUGCCCGCGCUUUACUCGACGAAUCUGCCAAAUACAUCGAACGGGAAUCGCCUCGAGUUAUCCUUCUCCAAUGCAAACGCCGAUUCCAGCUCCGACGAGUCUGAUUUACAUCCCUCGCGGCCUCAAUCUUCCAAACCUCGUCGACCACAGCACACGCGCUCUAUGAGCCAGCCUUUUCCUUCCCUCUUCAGCAGCAAGAAAAAGAGGCAGAACUCAGUCGGCGCACCACCGCCUGACCUGGGUUUUGCAGACGAUGACUCGGCAAUGCCUCGACAAGCACCAAAGACACAAGCUCGAAACACUUCUCAUACUCGAAACGGCCCUGUAGGAAGUAAGGAUUUUACGACGGGCAACUGCAUGACAUGUGGUUCGUUAGUACGAUGGCCGCGGGAGCUCAAGGUGUUCAAAUGCACGAUCUGUACUACAGUCAACGAUUUGGAGCCUCUGAGUGCAGAUCAUGAUGGUUCGAAGUCGCGUAGAGAUGCAAGCCAGGACCACUCUCGGUCUGUGCCAACUCGAGGUCCGCAUAUUUCGAUCGAACAGACAAACCGACUGGUUCAACAAUCGAUACAAUCCUUCCUUUCUAAGAAGUUGCAUCCAAUUCUUGAACCUCCCACCGAGGCGCCGCCACAACCGCCGUCGAAGUUGUCAUUUAGCAGCCGAAUACAGGCUGUUGGCCAAAGCCUUGAUUUCAAGCAGGACGCAGCGUCUUCAUCCAAGUCCCCUGCUAUACAAGUUUCUCAUUAUGCCUUCGAUGAGGAACCGACCCUACGGUCGAGUCCCGCCCGGCCGAACCCUACGCCAAUGCGAUCCUUCUCUUCUUCUUACACCGAAAGACCUCCAGUACGUAAGAUAUUGCAAGAAGGCGGGUCAAAAGAGCAACGCAAAUCGACGGAUCAAUCUGAUGGUGAUCCGAAAAGGAUAUUCAAGGCUUUGGAAGACUAUAUCGUAGCCUGCUUUGGCUCAUUCGAAUGUAUUAACUCAUCAUUCUUAACACAUACCCACCGCGCUGAGCCCAUUAGAUGUAGAAGCGAAUCGACCCGCCGCAAGCCAACGCUACCUAGUGAGCCUCGUGAACAGAGAGGGCAUCGUCGCGAGCCUUCAGGAAACCAUGCGGCGCGUGAGCCACGAGAGGAGCGGGUUACACCGCAAUUCGAUGAUGGAUCAUGCGACCUCGAUCCAAAGUUACUACUUUUAGGUGACUUUGCUGAGAAUGGGACAUGGUGGAUGGGCAACCAAGAAGACUCUCGGCCUCGACGGCCAUCGACGAACCGUGUGGAACGGAGUUUCUCAAGCGCGCCAGUCAACACGAAGACACCGCAAAUGAACUGGGGCGAUCUCAUCAAAUGGUACACCACUAUUGUGAAUCCCGCUGAGGGAUGGUUUGCGAUUUACGAGGAGAUGUGUCAAGGAAAGGCCUUCUUAACCCCUUCUCAACGAGAAUUGCAAUUAAUGGAGCGGGAACUACUGCAGGGCCAAGAACAUGCUCGGCGAGUUCUUCUUAAAGCAACCGAAAUGCUUCUAAAAAGACCUGGAAGGCCAUUGAAGGUUCCAGCAGACUUGAGGUUUCUCCUUAUCAUCUUAGAAAACCCAUUACUUCACGAACAGGAAAUAUUGUUUCGGGGGAUUCUACAAUUCGACAAAGGCUUGCCUUCUGGCCCAAGGUCAAUACAGCAGAGAAAAGCCAGCAUCCCUGAAUCCGGACCUUUAUCUGGGCAACACUCCGGCAUCAUCAAGCGCAUAGUGGGCUUAGUAUCAAACUCGUCGGCUGAAUGCCAUAACCAGUUGAUAACCUGGUUUUCAAGACAUCACCCUUCUCGCUUCAUUCGUACCAAAGAGUUAGCAUCCGGUUUCUUAACAUAUCGGAUGAUUCGGCAGAGUGGAAAGAAGCAAGAGGUGAAAGUUGACAUCACAGCUGGCCUGAUACCGCAAAUGCAAGAAGGGCGCUCAGGAGCUUACCUCUACGAUGAGAUAAACCGCGCAAACUCGUCGAAGAAGGCCAAGGAGCCUGAAAAGACAAUCAUGUAUGCCGAAGAUUGGCAGAUUAGAGCUUCUUCGCGGGUCUUGGCGCUCCUUUUCGCUGCGAAUAACUUGCCACACAGCCGGAGAAAUGAAGAAUCCCCGUCGGGCUCGGCCGAGGGUCGUUCUAAUGUUCAUUCUCACGGACAAAUCCUACCAACGAGCGACUUCUACAAUUCAAUGAUCGACUACACUGACUUAGUUGCGGACUUCGAGAAUUGGGAGGCUCGUAGGAGCAAAUUCACGUUCUGCCAGUACCCAUUCCUUUUAAGCAUAUGGGCCAAGAACCAUAUUCUUGAGCACGAUGCUCGUCGCCAGAUGCAGAGUAAAGCCCGUGACGCCUUUUUUGAUAGUAUCAUGAGUCGCAAGGCUAUCAACCAGUUCCUCGAAUUAAAUGUUCGCCGAGAUUGUCUGGUAGAUGACAGUCUAAAAGCUGUCAGCGAGGUGAUUGGAAGUGGGAGCGAGGAUAUCAAAAAGGGUCUUCGUAUUACCUUUAGUGGUGAAGAGGGAGUAGAUGCUGGUGGUCUACGGAAAGAGUGGUUUUUACUUCUGGCCAGAGAAGUUUUCAACCCCGACCAUGGACUUUUCCUUUAUGACGAGGAUUCUCAGUUCUGCUAUUUCAAUCCGAACGCUUUUGAAACCUCCGAUCAGUUCUUCUUGGUCGGAGUCGUGAUGGGACUUGCUAUAUACAACUCGACCAUUCUGGAUGUGGCCCUGCCUCCUUUUGCAUUUCGAAAACUUAUUGCAUCGGCUCCAACACACGGUACAGGAGCAUCAGCUCAUCCAAAACCCCCUAUGCGUUAUAACCUGGAAGACCUAGCAGAAUACCGGCCUCGACUAGCUCGAGGAUUACGGCAGUUGCUAGAAUAUGAAGGCAAUGUGGAAGAAACCUUCUGUCUCGAUUUCGUUAUCGAUGUGGAUAAAUAUGGUACUCAGGUGCAGGUUCCCCUUUGCCCUGGAGGCGAACGCAUCCCUGUCACUAACAGCAACCGUCGAGAAUACGUGGACCUUUACGUGCGGCACAUAAUCGAUGUGUCUGUGACGAGACAGUUCGAACCCUUCAAACGAGGUUUCUACACUGUAUGUGGAGGUAAUGCUCUGUCUCUCUUUAGGCCAGAAGAGAUUGAACUCCUUGUACGAGGCUCUGACGAAGCACUUGACAUCAACUCGCUAAGGGGGGUCGCUGAAUACGAUAACUGGGGAAUCAAAAGGCCAGAUGGUUCCGAGCCCGUCAUUGACUGGUUCUGGGAGACAUUUCAGGCGGCAACAUCUCAAGAUCAACGGAAACUACUGCUGUUCAUCACUGGUAGCGAUCGAAUUCCUGCUAUGGGUGCGGCUGUACUGCCGAUUAAGAUAUCCUGCCUUGGUGAGGAUGAAGGCAGGUUCCCUAUUGCUCGAACGUGCUUCAACAUGCUAUCUCUGUCACGAUACAAGUCAAAAGAAAGGUUAGAGAAGUUGCUAUGGACUGCUGUUCAUGAAAGCGAGGGCUUUGGGAUAAAGUAA